AUGAUAAGCGCUUAUCAAGAAGCCUUUAUCAUCAUCAGCAGGGUGCAGGAUAACAUCAUGGGUCUGCAGAAGUAUGAUGAAAAAGAAAGAAAGAAGGAGAGUAGAGUAAGAAAAGCUCACUACCUACGCCAACACGUAUUAUUUGGGCGUCUUUACAAGGGAUCACCCUUUUUGGGAGAGGGAUAUCCUAACGUCGAGGGCAUCAAGCACCUGACUUACCCCCGUGCUAGAUUAUCAAAUACCCCAGGACAUGACGACAUGACUUUUCGAGAGAUGGUUUUCCGAGUCUAUUCUGCAAAAAAAAGUGAAGUAGUGGGACUGUGGUUCGGCGACGGCAACAAGCACUUUGCCAGCUGCGGGUUUCAGCGGGCCUCGGCGGGCCUCGGCGUUUACUCUACAUUUCACACGAACUUCAUGCAAUGCCGGCGACCCGCGGCUGGAUCGGCUGUCUUAGCGGUUUGUUUUCGCAAAACAAAACACAUUAUCCGGACAUGUUUCAUCACCAUCAGCUUCGGAAUGUCAACUGUUCUGGCCGCUGAUGAUUGUGUGGUUGCUCGUUCCAGGAUCGGAAAGCCUCAACCGUUUUCAGGGCACCUCGAUGGCUCUCUGCACCUCACGCGUGAGAUAUCCUAUCUUUCAACAUCGUUCAAGGUGAGCGUAGAGGUUACGGAUCGCACCAGAAGUUUCGCUUCUGCACAGCACGAGAUAAAAUCCGCCUUUUACUAA